CCUGCUUCCGGCUGCGCCACCCGGGAGGCGGGUCCCCGGGGCCGAGCAGGCUUCCUCCGCGCGGCCCCGCGUCGCUCCUUUGGAGUCAUUCGAUGCCCAAUUUGCAGCCAAGAAUGUGCCGAGAGACACAUCAUAGAUAAUUUUUUUGUGAAGGACACUACUGAGGUUCCCAGCAGUACAGUGGAAAAGUCUAAUCAGGUAUGCACAAGCUGUGAAGACAAUGCAGAAGCUAAUGGGUUUUGUGUUGAGUGUGUUGAAUGGCUUUGUAAGACAUGUAUUAGAGCUCAUCAGAGGGUGAAAUUCACAAAAGACCAUACUGUUAGACAGAAAGAGGAAGUAUCUCCAGAGGCAGUUGGUGUGACUAGUCAGAGACCAGUGUUUUGUCCUUUUCAUAAAAAGGAGCAGUUGAAGCUUUAUUGUGAGACGUGUGACAAACUGACAUGUCGGGACUGUCAGCUACUAGAACACAAAGAGCAUAGAUACCAAUUUAUUGAAGAAGCUUUUCAGAAUCAGAAAGUGAUCAUAGAUACCCUAAUUACUAAACUGAUGGAAAAAACAAAAUACAUAAAAUACACAGGAAAUCAGAUCCAAAACAGAAUACUUGAAGUAAACCAAAAUCAAAAGCAAGUGGAACAGGAUAUUAAAGUUGCUAUCUUUACAUUGAUGGUAGAAAUAAAUAAGAAAGGAAAAGCUCUGCUGCAUCAGCUAGAGAGCCUUGCAAAGGACCAUCGCAUGAAACUUAUGCAACAGCAACAAGAAGUGGCUGGGCUUUCUAAACAGCUGGAGCAUGUUAUGCAUUUUUCUAAAUGGGCAGUUUCCAGUGGCAGCAGUACAGCAUUACUUUAUAGCAAGCGACUGAUUACGUACCGGUUACGGCACCUCCUUCGUGCAAGGUGUGACGCUUCCCCAGUGACCAACAACACCAUCCAAUUUCACUGUGAUCCUAGUUUCUGGGCCCAAAAUAUUAUCAACUUAGGUUCUUUAGUAAUCGAGGAUAAAGAGAGCCAGCCACAAAUGCCUAAGCAGAAUCCUGUCGUGGAACAGAAUUCACAGCCACCAGGUGGUUUAUCUUCAAACCAGUUAUCCAAGUUUCCAACCCAGAUCAGCCUAGCUCAAUUACGACUCCAGCAUAUGCAGCAACAGGUAAUGGCUCAGAGGCAACAGGUGCAACGGAGGCCAGCACCUGUGGGUUUACCAAACCCUAGAAUGCAGGGGCCCAUCCAGCAGCCUUCCAUCUCUCAUCAGCAACCCCCUCCACGUUUGAUAAACUUUCAAAAUCACAGCCCUAAACCCAAUGGACCAGUGCUUCCUCCUCAUCCUCAACAGCUGAGAUACCCACCAAACCAGAAUGUACCUCGGCAAGCAAUAAAGCCCAACCCCCUACAGAUGGCUUUCUUGGCUCAGCAAGCCAUAAAACAGUGGCAGAUCAGUAGUGGACAGGGUGCCGCCUCAACCACCAGCAGCUCGUGCUCUACUCCUUCCAGUCCCACCAUCACAAGUGCUGCAGGGUACGACGGAAAGGGGUUUGGUUCACCUAUGAUCGAUCUGAGUGCACCAGUGGGAGGUUCUUAUAAUCUUCCUUCUCUUCCUGAUAUUGAUUGUUCGAGUACUAUUAUGCUGGACAACAUUGGGAGAAAAGAUCCUAGCACUGAUCAUGGCCAGCCCAGACCACCCUCCAACAGAACAGUGCAGUCACCAAACUCAUCAGUGCCCUCUCCAGGGCUUGCAGGACCUGUUACUAUGACUAGCGUGCAUCCCCCAAUACGCUCACCUAGUGCCUCCAGCGUUGGGAGCCGAGGAAGCUCUGGUUCUUCCAGCAAACCAACAGGAGCUGAUUCUACACACAAAGUCCCAGUAGUCAUGUUGGAACCAAUCCGAAUAAAACAAGAAAACAGCGGACCACCUGAAAAUUACGAUUUUCCCAUUGUUAUAGUGAAACAAGAAUCAGAUGAAGAAUCUAGGCCUCAAAAUACCAACUAUCCAAGAAGCAUACUCACUUCCCUGCUCUUAAAUAGUAGUCAGAGCUCUGCUUCUGAGGAGACGGUUGUAAGAUCUGAUGCCCCCGAUAGCACAGGGGAUCAGCCUGGACUGCACCCGGAGAACCCAUCCAGUGGGAAGUCUGAGUGGCUUGACGCGUCUCAGAAGUCUCCCCUCCAUGUUGGGGAGACGAGGAAGGAGGACGACCCCAAUGAGGACUGGUGUGCAGUUUGUCAAAAUGGAGGGGAACUGCUGUGCUGUGAGAAGUGUCCAAAAGUUUUCCAUCUCUCUUGUCAUGUGCCCACACUGACAAAUUUUCCGAGUGGAGAGUGGAUCUGUACUUUCUGCCGAGAUCUGUCUAAACCAGAAGUUGAGUACGACUGUGAUGCUCCAAGUCACAAUUUGGAAAAAAAGAAAACUGAAGCUCUUGUUAAAUUAGCACCAAUAGAUAAAAGGAAGUGUGAACGCCUACUUCUGUUUCUUUACUGCCAUGAAAUGAGCCUGGCUUUUCAAGACCCUGUUCCUCUAACUGUGCCUGAUUAUUAUAAAAUAAUUAAAAAUCCAAUGGACUUGUCAACCAUCAAGAAAAGACUCCAAGAAGAUUCUUCCUUGUACACAAAGCCUGAAGAUUUCGUAGCUGAUUUCAGAUUGAUCUUUCAAAACUGUGCUGAAUUCAAUGAGCCUGAUUCAGAAGUAGCCAAUGCUGGUAUAAAACUUGAAAGCUAUUUUGAAGAACUUCUAAAGAACCUUUAUCCAGAAAAAAGGUUUCCUAAAGUAGAAUUCAGGAAUGAAUCAGAAGAUAAUAAAUUUAGUGAUGAUUCAGAUGAUGACUUUGUACAGCCCCGGAAGAAGCGCCUCAAAAGCAUUGAGGAGCGCCAGUUGCUUAAAUAAAGCAGCACCGCUGGCGUGUGUCUGUUAAAGAGUUUUUGUCAGUAAUUUAACGACAUCAUACAGAAGAGUUUGUGAGCUCUGUUUUUGAUGUUUACUAGACUUUGAUUUCUUUAAUAACCAAUUCCUUUUAACCUCUUAUUAAAAAAGAAUGAAAAAGAGGAAAAGAAAUGAAUGGAAGAAAGAAAAUGAAGGAGGGGAGGGAGAAAGGAUGGUAGAAGGAAAGAGGAAGACGCAUUGUAACAAAAAGACUUCUUCCCACUUCUUGGAGUCAAAACGCAAUCUGGAGUGACGGCUACUGCAGCAAGGAAACAGACUUUCUAUGAACUCUCAGUUGAAAAGUUAAGUGGUUUGAAUGUGUGCGUUAACCCACUUUUAGAAAAUUAAUGCCACUGCCCAUUAAUUAUCACCCAGCCGUAGGCCUAGGUUUGAGGGGGAAACCACGCGGCGCAGCAGAAGGAUAGAUUAGAUGCCAUAAGAAGGUUCCUAAUAGUAUAUUAUGAGAGAUGGCAACUGUAUUAAAGAAAAAUCAGGAAAAUGAA